UGGUGGCGUCGAUUUAUUAUUGCUUGUCUCUCACUCCGAUUCCGACACCAUUCGAAUCAUCAGCCCAGGUGCGCGAUCUCCAAUUCAACAUGGAAUAUUAACCCUAAAAAGGCGAAGGGCAAAGCGCACGCAACGACAGGAGGUGCGCCGGAGAAACGGAGCGGCAGCGGUGGGAGGAGGUCGCCCGUUGAUUGGAUUUGCCCCCUAAUCCCGUCGCGCCGUCUAGGAUCGGGGGCAAUCGUCUACUUCUUCUUUAAUUUCGUGUUCUUAACUCUUUUGAUCUCCAGGGUGCGGCGCAUCGAUCCUGGAUUUAUACGAUUUGUUGAUCCGGUUUGCCACACUUUUUUGUGGUUUCCGAUUUCAGUGAGCCCGGGAUUCCUCUUCUCGUAUAGAUCAAGCUUCGAUUUUGCUUUUAGAUUGAUGUAUUCUUGUCGCCUAUUGGAAUCUCUUGCCGACAUAUUAAAGGUCUCUGUAGCUUUGUAAGAUUCCUUGGUGGUUUAUUCUUGUUAGCGAUCUUGCGGUAUCAUCUGAUUCGAAGAUUCGAUCGUUGUCACAUAAUUCUUCUUCUGGAAUGUGGGCAUCGGCAUGUUAAAGAGAGAAGCUCUGCGGUCGUGCUUUUCUCUGUUUAGAUUCCUUCGAAGUGAUCGUUCUCCUUCGAUGGCUUUGAAUAAGCCUCUCCUGUGUGCUCAUUCCUGUGGGUUCAGCCAGAUGAGGGUAGCUAAAGAGACAAGAAAACACGAAGGGAAGUUUUUGGUUCGCAUGGACAUUGGUUCCACCGGUUGUCCCUGCAAUGGAUUGAGCUUGAUCAGCAGCUUGGAGCACCACAGUGGUGUUCCUAGGAGAGCAGAUGAUAAAAAUUUGAAGUGGAAUGUUUUGGCACCCCAUCGCCAAGUUAAUCGUGAUUCUGAAGCCAUUCUAUCAGAGGAUUUGAGGUUGAAGUUGGUGAAUGGAGAUGGAUCAUGUAAACAUGUAAAUCAUUUUGGAUUUCUGGGCCUUUCAGGUGGUGAGAAGAUGAUUGUCGCUGUUGAUGUUGAUGAAGUCUUGGGAAGCUUUCUUUCAGUUUUGAACAAAUUUAUUGCGGAUCGCUACUCCUCAAAUCAUUCCGUUGCAGAGUACCAUGUCUACGAGUUUUUCAAGGUCUGGAAAUGUUCUCGAGCUGAAGCUGAUAUCCGUGUCCAUGAGUUCUUCAAAACUUCUUACUUCAAAUCUGGCAUUCGUCCAAUCCCUGGUGCACAGCAUGCUCUCCAUAAUCUGUCUACUUUUUGCAACCUAUCUGUGGUAACUUCUCGUCAGAAUGCUAUUAAGGAUCACACAGUUGGAUGGAUAGAAGAGCAUUAUCCAGGCUUGUUUCAGGAAAUUUACUUUGGCAAUCAUUUUGCUCUAGACGGAGUAUCAAGGCCAAAGUCUGAUAUUUGCAGAUCUCUGGGAGCACAUGUCCUCAUCGACGACAAUCCAAAAUAUGCUAUAGAAUGUGCAGAAAUUGGCAUGAGAGUACUACUCUUUGAUUACGACAACUCGUAUCCUUGGUGCAAGUCAGAUUCAGCAAUCUCACAUCCUUUGGUGACAAAGGUUCACAAUUGGCAGGAGGUAGAGUUACAGCUGCUCUCAUGGGUACCAAGAUAGGAAAUUGAAUCUCAAAACUUUUACGGCCAACACAACCCUCCCAGUUUGUCGGAAGCUUUUUCUUUCCUUCCACAUUUCACUAUAUUUUGGAAGUAAAAGAAAAUUCGAUCAAUUCUCUUAUCGAUGCAAUAAUAGAUGCAUCUAGAGCACCUUGAAAUGGAAGAAUUGUGAAUACUUGGAUAGACCUCCUUGAUCGAUGGCAAGUUUCUGAAUUUUUCCCCAUUUUGUGGGAAUUCUCAAUCUUUGUUAUGACACUGACAACUGAGCAAUUUCAGUUCUCAAAUAUUCUUCGUU